AUGUCGAAAGAACAGCAAGUGAUCAACAAUAAUGAAGCAUUAAACGCGGAGCCCAGCAAAGAAAAACGAAUUGGUUGUGCUCAUUAUAAACGUCGUGCAAAGUUCGUGACACCUUGCUGCAACAAAGUAUAUGUUUGCCGAUACUGCCAUGAUGAAAAUGAACAGCACUACUUCAACAGAAAGUCUGUUACUGAGCUAAUUUGCACAGAAUGUGACAAACGGCAAAAGGUCCAGGAGGUCUGUGAGAACUGCGGAGUUCGAUUUGGGAAGUACACAUGCCUAAUAUGCAACUUGUUCGACGACGAUGAUAAGCGGCAGUACCACUGUGACGGUUGUGGUAUCUGCCGGGUUGGCGGCCGGGACAGAUUCUUCCACUGCGAGCGAUGCAACAUGUGUUUGCCAGUGCAGCUGCAGCAAGUUGGACAUAGGUGCGUAGAAAACGUAUCCCGCUCGAAUUGUCCCGUAUGCCUCGAGGACAUCCACACUUCCCGUAUCCCGUGCCACAUCCCGGACUGCGGGCACCUGUUGCACCGGCCCUGCUUCGAGCAACUGCUGCACUCAGGCCACUACGCCUGCCCAACCUGCCAGACAAGCAUGAUAGAUAUGACUAAUUUGUGGAGUUAUUUGGAUUCUGAGGUAGCAGCUACCCCGAUGCCUCCAGAAUACGCGGACUACAAAGCUACCAUACUGUGUAAAGACUGCCAUAAGCUGUCAACAGUAAAGUUCCACGUGGUGGGACUAAAGUGUCAACAUUGUGGGGCCUAUAACACGUGUCAGACGAACGGAUUUCAUAAGGAGUCAAACUCGACGGAGACGGGCGACUCGUCGUCUUCCACUUCGACGAGUCGCAGUGGGUCGGGGAGCGCCGUCAACGGGAACAGCGGUGCGACCGCCGCCGCGCGGCCCGCCGACGAGCCCGCGCCCGCCGACCUGCCGCGCGACCGCACCGACCUGCCGCGGGCCUCGCCGCUCGACGAGCCACCGCAGGCCUGA